AUGAUGGUUCUUGAAACCAUGAAUAUCUAUAUGUUGGACAUUCUGAAGGAAGGCCUCUAUGUUCCUCUUAGGACUAUUACUAAAGAAGAAAAAGAACUAGUUACCUUAAGAGCACUGAUUCAUCAGUUGACUGAAGAUGAGAAAAAGAAAGUAAAUUUUGAUGUUUGUGUUAGGGCUGCAAUAUGUAUUUCUUUUCUUUACAAUGUUUACCAUUUGGUAGAAAACUAUGUAUAUGCAAAGGUGAUCAUUUUAACCGUCAAAAUUACUUAUGAAGGCACUGAUGAGGUGAAUAAUAACUUGAAGAACUCCAUCAUUUGUAAGUACGAGUAG